UCAUGCUGCUGCCAGGUCCAGAGUCUCUCAUGGGUCCCUGUACGCUGCUGCCAGGCCCCUAAUCUGCCAUGGGCCCCCUGUACCGCCUCCUCAUGCUGCUGCCAGGUCCAGAGUGUCUCAUGGGUCCCUGUACGGCGCCCCAUUGCUGCUGUCUCAGGUCCCACACACUGCCAUGUGCCACUUUCAGGUCUCCUCACACACUGCUGGUGUGUUCAUUUUUUGUCAUAGGGUGCUGGCAGAUUACGGGCCUCCCAUAGCUGCUGCCAGGCCCCUAAUCUGCCAUGGGCCCCUAUACCGCCUCCUCAUGCUGCUG